GCUCGCUCGCUCGCUCUCUCGCUCGCUCGGCGCGCCUCUGCUGGCCUCUGCUGGGGUCUGCUGCGUGCGCUGCAGCCGGGACUGGGAGCCGGCGCUGGAGCCGGCGCUGGAGCGGGGCCGGGCCGGGGCCGGGCCCGAGCCCAAGCCGGUGCAUGCCGCGUCCCUGCAUCUCCUGCCUGGCCGCCCGUCCGGCGGGCUCCGGCGGCCGCAUCGAGUUGGGGAGCAGGGGCCCGGUGCCGAGCAUCUGUGAGCCUCUGGGGGUCCACCUCCCACCCCCAAGACUCCUACCAUGUUUAACUUGAAGAAGAAAGACAAGGACAAAGAUGGGAGCCGGAAGGAGAAGAAGGAGAAGAAGGAGAAGAAGGAGCGAAUGUCUGCGGCUGAGCUGCGCAGUUUGGAAGAGAUGAGCCUUAGACGGGGCUUCUUCAACUUGAACCGGUCCUCCAAAAGGGAGUCUAAGACCAGGCUGGAGAUCUCCAACCCCAUCCCCAUCAAGGUGGCCAGCGGCUCGGACCUGCACUUGACCGACAUCGAUUCUGACAGCAACCGGGGCAGUGUCAUCCUCGACUCGGGCCACCUCAGCACGGCCAGCUCUAGCGACGACCUCAAGGGCGAGGAGGGUAGCCGGCCCUCUGUGCUGCAGAGGGCCGCCAAGUUUGGCUCCUUGGCCAAGCAGAACUCACAGAUGAUCGUCAAGCGUUUUUCCUUCUCCCAGCGGAGCCGUGAUGGGAGUGCCUCGGAGACCUCCACGCCCUCGGAACACUCGGCUGCCCCCUCGCCUCAAGUGGAGGUUCGGACCCUCGAGGGCCAGCUGGCACGUCAGGCCGGCCCUGGUGCCUCGUGGCCGGGCUCCAGGACCCGGGGCCCUGAGCUGGUGAGCAAACGGUUUGCUGCUGACCUGCGGCUGCCCGCCGUAGCGUCCCCACUACCUCCUCCUCCCCGGGAGCUGGAGCUUCAGAGGCGUCCCACUGGGGAUUUUGGCUUCUCCCUUCGGCGAACGACCAUGCUGGACCGGGCGCCCGAGGGGCAGGCCUACCGGCGGGUGGUGCACUUUGCCGAGCCCGGGGCGGGCACCAAGGACUUGGCCCUGGGGCUGGUGCCCGGCGACCGCCUGGUGGAGAUCAAUGGGCAGAAUGUGGAGAACAAGUCGCGGGAUGAGAUCGUGGAGAUGAUCCGGCAGUCGGGAGACCAUGUGCGGCUCAAGGUGCAGCCCAUCCCGGAGCUGAGUGAGCUGAGCUGCAGCUGGCUGAGGGGCGGCCCUGGACAGCAGAGGGAGCCCACCGACCUGGACACUGAGGCUGUCUCUACCGCCCAGAACCAGGUAGGGUGCCCCUGCCCUCAGGAACCCUCUGCUUCCACUGACCGACCGAUGCCCCUGGUCUGCGCCUGGGCUGGUGUCUGCGCUCGGGCCUCAUGCUGGAGUGCCAAGACAGAAGAGCAGAUUGCCACUGAGGAAGCCUGGCACGAGACGGAGAAGGUCUGGCUGAUCCAUCGAGAUGGCUUCUCUCUUGCCAGCCAACUGAAGUCAGAGGAGUUAAGUCUACCCGAGGGGAAGGUCCGAGUGAAACUGGAUCAUGAUGGGACCAUACUGGACGUGGAUGAGGACGAUGUGGAGAAGGCCAACGCCCCAUCCUGUGAACGGCUGGAAGACCUGGCCUCCCUGGUAUACCUCAACGAGUCAAGCGUCUUGCACACCCUCCGCCAGCGCUAUGGGGCCAGCCUGCUGCACACAUACGCUGGCCCCAGCUUGCUCAUCCUCAGCCCCCGAGGGGCCCCUGCAAUGUACUCUGAGAAGGUGAUGCACAUGUUCAAAGGGUGCCGGCGGGAAGAGAUGGCACCCCACAUCUACACUGUGGCACAGACUGCAUACCGUGCCAUGCUGAUGAACCGCCAGGACCAGUCUAUCAUCUUACUGGGCAGCAGUGGCAGCGGCAAGACCGCUAGCUGCCAGCACCUGGUGCAAUACCUGGCCACCAUUGCGGGCACCAGCGGGAACAAGGUGUUCUCUGUGGAGAAGUGGCAGGCUCUGUACACCAUCUUGGAAGCCUUUGGGAACAGCCCCACCAUCAUGAACGGCAAUGCUAGCCGCUUCUCUCAGAUCCUCUCGCUAGACUUUGACCAAGCUGGCCAGGUGGCCUCAGCCUCUGUUCAGACUAUGCUGCUUGAGAAGCUUCGAGUUGCCCGGCGCCCAUCCAAUGAAGCCACCUUCAAUGUCUUCUACUACUUAUUGGCCUGUGGAGAUAGCACCCUUAGGACAGAGUUACACUUCAACCACCUGGCUGAGAACAAUGUGUUUGGGAUCAUGCCCUUGUCCAAGCCCGAGGAGAAGCAGAAGGCCGCCCAGCAGUUCGGUAAGCUGCAGGCUGCCAUGAAGGUUCUGGGCAUCUCCCCUGAUGAGCAGAAGGCCUGUUGGUUCAUCCUGGCUGCCAUCUACCACCUGGGGGCUGCAGGUGCCACCAAAGAAGCUGCUGAAGCUGGGCGCAAGCAGUUUGCCCGCCACGAGUGGGCGCAAAAGGCAGCCUAUCUGCUGGGAUGUAGCCUGGAAGAACUCUCGUCCGCCAUCUUCAAGCACCAGCCCAAGGGCUCCCUCCAGCGCUCCACCUCCUUCCGCCAGGGCCCUGAGGAGAACAGCUCAGGAGAUGCUACAGGCUCCAAGCUGAGCGCCCUCGAGUGUGUGGAAGGCAUGGCCGCGGGUCUCUACUCUGAGCUCUUCACUCUUCUUGUCUCCCUGGUGAACAGGGCCCUCAAGUCCAGCCAGCAUUCCCUCUGCUCCAUCAUGAUCGUGGACACUCCUGGCUUCCAAAAUCCAGACCUGGGGGGCUCGACCCGAGGAGCCUCCUUUGAAGAACUGUGCCACAAUUACACCCAGGACCGGCUCCAGACCCUCUUCCACGAAAGGACCUUUGUGCAGGAGCUGGACAGAUACAAGGAGGAGAACGUCGAGUUGGCGUUCGAUGACGUAGAGCCUGGGGCAGUUGACUCUGUAGCUGUUGUGGACCAAGCAUCCCACCAAGCCCUGGUGCGAUCCCUGGCCCGGCCAGAUGAGGCUCGGGGCCUUCUGUGGCUGUUGGAAGAGGAGGCGGUGGUACCAGGCGGCACCGAAGAGGCCCUGCUAGAGCGGCUUUUCUCUUACUACGGCCCCCAGGAUGGCGACAAGAAAGGACAGAGCCCCCUUCUUCGCAGCAGCAAGCCUCACCACUUCCUCCUGGGCCACAGCCACAACACCAACUGGGUGGAGUACAACGUGGAAGGCUGGCGGAACCAUGCCAAGCAGAACCCAGCCACACAGAACGCCCCACGGCUGCUGCAGGACUCUCAGAAGAAGAUCAUCAGUAACCUAUUUGUGGGCCGGGCCGGCAGCACCAUGGUGCUGUCGGGCUCCAUCGCGGGCCUGGAAGGAGGUUCUCAGCUGGCGCUUCGCAGGGCCACUAGCAUGCGAAAGACGUUCACCACCGGCGUGGCCGCCGUCAAGAAGAAGUCUGUCUGUAUCCAGAUCAAGCUUCAGGUGGAUGCCCUCAUUGACACUAUCAGGAAAUCAAAAUUGCACUUCGUUCACUGUUUCCUGCCAGUGGCUGAGGGCUGGGCGGGUGAGCCCCGCUCAGCCUCUUCCCGCCGGGUGAGCAGCAGCAGCGAGCUGGACCUGCCUCCCGGGGAGCACUGUGAGGCUGGCCUCCUGCCGCUGGAUAUCCCCCUGCUGCGGGCCCAGAUCCGUGGCUCUCGUCUUCUGGAUGCCCUUCGCAUGUAUCGCCAAGGGUAUCCCGACCACAUGGUGUUCUCGGAGUUCCGGCGACGUUUUGACGUCUUGGCGCCCCACCUCACCAAGAAGCAUGGGCGCAACUAUAUAGUUGUGGAUGAGAAAAGAGCGGUGGAGGAAUUGUUGGAGUCCUUGGACCUGGAGAAAAGCAGCUGCUACAUGGGCCUGAGUCGGGUGUUUUUCCGGGCAGGCACCUUGGCCCGACUGGAAGAGCAAAGGGAUGAGCAGACCAGCAAGAACUUGACCCUCUUCCAGGCAGCAUGCCGCGGUUACCUGGCCCGCCAGCACUUCCAGAAGAGAAAGAUCCAAGACCUGGCCAUUCGCUGUGUCCAGAAGAACAUUAAAAAGAACCAGGGGGUGAAGGACUGGCCGUGGUGGAGGCUUUUCACGGCCGUGCGGCCUCUGGUCGAGGUGCAGCUGUCCGAGGAGCAGAUCCGCGGCAAGGACGAGGAAAUUCAGCAGCUUCGGAGCAAGCUUGAGAAAGUGGAAAAGGAACGGAAUGAGCUUCGGCUCAAUAGUGACCGGCUAGAGACCCGAAUCUCAGAGCUGACAUCAGAGUUGGCGGAUGAACGAAAUACUGGCGAGUCGGCUUCCCAGCUCCUGGAUGCCGAGGCAGCCGAGAGGCUCCGGGCGGAGAAGGAGAUGAAGGAGCUGCAGACCCAGUAUGAUGCCCUGAAGAAGCAAAUGGAGGCCAUGGAGAUUGAGGUGAUGGAAGCCAGGCUUAUCCGAGCUACUGAACUCAAUGGGGAGGUGGACGAUGACGACUCGGGUGGGGAGUGGCGCCUCAAGUACGAGCGGGCGGUUCGAGAGGUCGACUUCACCAAGAAGCGUCUGCAGCAGGAGUUUGAGGACAAGCUGGAGGUGGAACAGCAGAGUAAGAGGCAGCUGGAGCGGAAGCUGGCGGACCUGCAGGCGGACAGCGAUGAGAGCCAGCGCGCCCAGCAGCAGCUCAAGAAGAAGUGUCAGCGGCUCACAGCGGAGCUGCAGGACACCCGGCUGCACCUGGAGGGUCAGCAGGUCCGCAGCCAUGAACUGGAGAAGAAGCAGAGAAGGUUUGAUAGCGAGCUCUCCCAGGCCCACGAAGAGACCCAACGGGAGAAGCUACAGCGGGAGAAACUACACCGGGAGAAAGACGCCCUCCUGGCUGAAGUCUUCAGCCUGAAACAGCAGAUGGAGGAAAAAGACAUGGACAUUGCCGGCUUCACCCAGAAGGUGGUCUCCCUGGAGGCGGAGCUCCAGGACAUCUCUUCUCAGGAGUCCAAGGACGAAGCCUCUCUGGCCAAGAUCAAGAAGCAGCUCCGGGACCUGGAAGCCAAGACCAAAGAUCAGGAAGAGGAGCUAGAUGAACAGGCGGGCACCAUCCAAAUGCUGGAGCAGGCCAAGCUUCGCCUGGAAAUGGAGAUGGAGCGGACGAGGCAGACACACUCCAAGGAGAUCGAGGGCCGCGACGAGGAAGUGGAAGAGGUCCGCCAGUCAUGCCAGAAGAAGCUGAAGCAGAUGGAAGCGCAGCUGGAGGAGGAGUAUGAGGACAAGCAGAAGGUUCUGCGGGAGAAGAGAGAACUGGAGAGCAAGCUCACAGCCCUGAGUGACCAGGUGAGUCAGCGGGACUUGGAGUCUGAGAAGCGUCUGCGGAAGGACUUGAAACGGACCAAGGCCCUGCUGGCCGAUGCCCAGAUCAUGCUGGACCACCUGAAGAACAGCGCACCCAGCAAGAGGGAAAUUGCCCAGCUCAAGAAUCAGCUGGAAGAGUCAGAGUUCACCUGUGCGGCGGCUGUGAAGGCAAGGAAAGCGAUGGAGGUGGAGAUUGAAGACCUCCAUCUCCAGAUUGAUGACAUCUCCAAAGCCAAGACAGGGCUAGAGGAGCAGGUGAGCCGCCUUCAGCGCGAGAAGAAUGAGAUCCAGAGCCGGCUGGAGGAGGAUCAGGAGGACAUGAAUGAGCUCAUGAAGAAGCACAAGGCCGCUGUGGCCCAGGCUUCCCGGGACCUGGCCCAAAUGAACGACCUCCAGAUUCAACUGGAAGAGGCCAACAAGGAGAAGCAGGAGCUUCAGGAGAAGAUGCAAGCCCUGCAGAGCCAAGUGGAGUAUCUGGAGCAGUCCAUGGUGGACAAGUCGCUGGUGAGCCGGCAGGAAGCCAAGAUUCGGGAGCUGGAGACCCGUCUCGAGUUUGAGAAGACCCAAGUGAAGCGGCUGGAGAGCCUGGCCAGCCGGCUGAAGGAGAACAUGGAGAAGCUGACGGAGGAGCGCGAUCAACGCAGUGCCGCGGAGGGCCGGGAGAAAGAGCAAAACAAGCGUCUCCAGCGGCAGCUUCGCGACACCAAGGAGGAGAUGGGAGAGCUGGCCAAAAAGGAGGCUGAGGCCAGCCGCAAGAAGCACGAGCUGGAGAUGGAUCUAGAGAGCCUGGAAGCAGCCAACCAGAGCCUGCAGGCAGACCUGAAGCUGGCCUUCAAGCGCAUCGGGGACCUGCAGGCCGCCAUCGAGGAUGAAAUGGAAAGCGAUGAUAAUGAGGAACUCAUUAACAGUUUGCAGGACAUGGUGACAAAGUAUCAGAAAAGAAAGACUAAACUCGAGGGCGACUCUGAUGUGGACUCUGAACUGGAAGACCGUGUCGAUGGCGUCAAGUCUUGGUUGUCAAAAAACAAGGGGCCUUCCAAGGCCGCUUCGGAUGACGGGAGCCUCAAGAGCUCCAGCCCGUCCAGCUACCAGAAGUCCUUUGCCCUUGACCGAUCAGAUGACGAGCAUGACCCCCUGGACCACGCCACCCGAUCCCGAUACUCUCACAGCUACCUGAGCGACAGUGACACAGAGGCCAAGCUGGGGGACUCCAGUGCAUAGCCUGGGGCAUUUGGUCCGACACCUCCCUCCCUUUGCUACAGUCAGAUGCCUCUCCCAGAGGAUGGUGGGGCACACGCCUUCCCCGGUCCAUACCCGCACCAUCAAUUUGCAUGGGAAAGACUCCAUUCCAGUCCUUUCCGGGGGGGACCCUCCGGGCGGGACAUAGGUGGCUCCUUACCCCUGCCACGGUGAGAGGGCAAGAGGAGGAGAAGAAUGUCCAGAGAGAAAACUUAGAAUCCUUGCCUGCCUCCUUCGGAAUGAAAUCAACAUCGUGGCUCGGACAUUCCCCCAGGGCCAAGCGAGUUGAAGCCCCCCAUCAGCCCUCUGGGGUGGGGAGCUACGUUGGGGCGGACUUCUCUGUUGAGUUGUCUCCUGAAGGGAGCAGCCCCAGACCCUUCCCUCUAGGUGGGGAGGGCUUUCUCUUCUCAGUGCCUGCUGUCUUUUUUAUUUUAUAAUUUAAAUACCAGACCUUUCCCCUAUCAAGGCCAAGUCCCCAGGAAGGGGGAAGGAAGAAAGGCUACAUUGAGGGAGGGGUAAAACAGGCGGGUGGAGAAUCAGUCUUCCGUCUUUGCUCUUCAGUUGAGCCAAAGAUGAAAGUUCUUGUUUGUUCGACUGAAGAGGAGGGAGCCAGGUUCUGAGAGAGUGCACAGGAUGGGACUCAGAGGGUUCCACGGGCAGACGAAACAUGCUUAGGGUAGAUAGAUGUGGAUACACACAGAGAAAAAUACUAUACCCAUGAGUACACGGUAUGGUAAAUGCAGUGACCGCAUCACAGGGAAACCCAUCCCAUGGAUGUAGGCUUGGGGCUUAGUCAAACCACCACCCGCCACCUUGUUCCUCUGUCCCAGUAGAAUGGCAUGAGAACACAACUUCUGGAAAGGGAAGGCCUUACCUUGGGUGCUUGGGAUCAGAAACACUGAAGACUGGGUUUAUCUUAGGUGCUGUGGGUUGGGUGGGCACUUUGACCCAGUCUCCUACACUCCCAUAUCAAGCCUUGAUCCUACAUUCUGAGCCUUUGUGUGUGUCUCCUCUCCCCCUCCCUCUCCUUCUCUCUCUCCCUCCCUCCGUCCCUCUCUCUCUCUCCCUCUUCCCCCCCCCUUUGCCCGAAAGAACAUCCCCUCUUCCUUCACUGUGCUGACCACAUACCUUCUCUAGGGCUCCCCGUCGGUGAGCCUUUUGAUAAAAGAGUCGGCCAUGAGGGCCAAAGAGCAAUGCCUGGUGGUACAGCCUGGUCCACUUCUGCCGGUUCCUUUCUUUUCUCUCUCGGUUUGCACUUGGACUGUGCGUCUCUUUCCCCUGGUUACUUUCAGUAUGGAAAUAAAUCUUUUCCUCCUGACCCUGUCAGAUUUCCUGCAGUUUCUUUGAGUCAGGGUACAGGAUUUCAGGAAGAUGGAUUCUAAGUUAGAGCCAUGAUUUAGACUAACGCUCAAUGGGCCUCAUGGGUGAUGUACGGAAACAGUGGGGUUGGGAUGGGAGGGAAUAAAAGGCACAAGGAGCUUUUUCACCCUACAGACCUGUAUUUGGUGCUGUGGAAGGUCAUCAGACUAUUCAAGCUGACAGGAUGGGCCAUCUGGAAGUCAUCUCAUCCAUCUGCUACCUUCAUGCUUUAACCUAGCUCAAACUAACUGAGGCUGGGGAGGUCUGUCAUUCUUUAAAAUCUCCAGGGAAGGAGAUGAUAACCAUUCACAUUUUCUCUGGGAUUACCAAACCCUUCCCUGACAGAAAAUACUCUUUAGUUGAACCUCAGUCCUUCUCACUGUAAUUUCUUGACUGGACUUUUCAGAAACAGAAGAUCCAGUCUCCCCCCUCUCAAGCUUUUGGACAGUAAGGAAACUAUGGAUGGGCUGAGAUGGGUUGGAUAUUGUCAGCCACCAUCUUUGUACAGUAUAAGGAGCAUUCACUGGAGUUGGAGGACCAGGCUUAAAUCUUGCCUUUGACGCUUACUCUGUAUAUGACCUUGAGAAAGUUAUUUCAUCUCCGUUUCCUUCACCUCAGUUCCUCUGUAAAGUGAGGGGAUUGGACCAGAUGGCCUCCAAGGUCUCCCAAUUCUAAAUUUAUGAUCUUAGGGUCUUUUACGAACUUGUCUCUGCCCUCUCAUUCCAUUUUCUCCCCUUCACCAAGUCCCUUCCCCCCCCAAAAAAAAAUUACCAUAUCCCUGGUUAUUUACCAUGAAUUUUCAUCUCUUAACAUUUGAACACGGUAUUUAUCUGAGUUUUCACCUGGUAGCUGCUGUUAGGAUAGGGGUCUCAGGGACAUGGAUGGAGAAGAGGCCACAGAUCUAGGAAGGCUUCUUUUGGUAAGGUGGAAGGGUGUGAUGGUAAACCAUCAAUAACCGAAGGGGAAGAAGUUUAAGUUUUCUCCAUCUUGGACAAAGGCGUUCAUCUGGCUCCAAUGCUAGACAUUAAUGUUCGGUUUGAGGAGCUACAUCUUUUGUUCCCAUUUUCAAAUAGUUUGGGCCAUUUCCUGGCUCAGCCCAAAGUUCGGCCUCCACUCAUCGAGCCCAGAUUGCCAGGUGAGCGUCUCCCUAGUCAUGGCGACACUGACAUCCUUCUUCCGUUGGCACCAACCAGUGCUUCCCAGCACUGAAACAAAAGAUUCACCUGGGUGCCAUCCAAUGGUUGGAGGAGCUUUCUUGAUAGCACCUCACAAAUCGUCCUUGGGCCUGGGCCUGCAUGACUAGAGAGUCCAUAAGCCAGGGGUGGUUUUACCAGCUGAAGAGUGGAGGUGCCCAGGUGUGCAUGGUCAACAAAAGCCCAUCUUUAUCUGUUGUAUCUUUAGGGUCUUGGACCAAAGUUCUUUGCUCCGCCACUAACUUGUGUGGCCUUGGACAAGUCAUCACCUCCCCUCUCUAGGACUCAGUCACUUCAUCAAAGAAGAUUGUUGGGACCAGAUGAUCCCUGGGGUCCCUUCUGGCUUUAACAUUAUGAUUUUUUUUUCCCUGCCUUUGUCUCCUAGGUUCUUGGUGGCUUUGGUCCCCAGGAUUACAUGAUAACCAUAUGGUAAUAGCAAAAUGGUAGUUGGUUGAUUCCCUGUGUACAAAGGCCAAAGCUACCUUGAGGUUAGGUGUACCCAGUAGGGUACAACAUGUCUUUUUCCAGUGCCCUUUUCCUAAUAUAAGAUGCCAUAAUUAGUCAAACCGCAAGCAUAAGCGGUGGCCUUGGGAGUAAUAAAAAGGCUACAUCUAUAUGA